AAAUUUUAUAAAUGAUUCCUAGAGACCCUCCUAGUAAAAUAUUGUUAUUGAUCAUAACUUACUUACCUUAAGCAUUCCCACUUACAAAUGAUUUUUUGUUUGAGACUUUUAAGUAGUAUGGGGAAGUCAAAAAAAUAUUAAUUUUCGAAAGAGGAAAGACCAACAAAGCUUUUGUAGAAUACAAUGAAGUUAAGCAAGCUAUUUCGGCAAGACGUAAUAUGAUAGGAAAAUCGCUCACUCCAUAAGGAGGCAGGUAACACUUUCAGUUAUAUUUUUACAAGGCUAUUGAUUCAUUAUUCUCGUUUGAAAUAGCUGGACUUGGAAGUGGUUGAUCACACCAGAGGUUCUGAAUAUCACUCUGAUGAUGAGGAAACAUAACCAGAAUAGAAGUCUCCAUUGAAAUCGAUGACGCUACCUAAUUCAAUUCCAGUUUCUCUACCUUUGAUCAAACCUCAAUCCCUUGAAUAACAGCCGAGUAAUGGAAACCCAUUCAAUGGCAUCCAAAAUAUCACCGAAGAAUCCCCUACAAAAGCAAUGUAAAACAAUUCGAGUAUAUUCCCCUAGAAUGGAAACUCAAUUGCGACAACUAGAAAGAAUCUUGGAUGAUGACUACGAAUAGGAAGUAGCCAAAAUAUAAUUGACUCAAUUGGAUUCCAAUGAGUAGGCUAUCCAAGAAUUGCUAAAUCAAUAACCAUCCAAAUACUUAAGGGUUUCCAAUCUAGACGAAAGAGUCACUCCAAGGAUGCUCUACAAUCUCUUCAAUAGAUUUGGACAUUUGGAAGCCUUAUUGUUAAAAAAAAAUAUUCGUUAAUCCAUUCUAUAAUUUGUAAAUAAGGAGAAUGCAAUCAUAGCAAAAGAGUUACUCAAUAAUGUCGUCUUUUUUGGAAACGAGGUUAGCAGCUCCAUUUAUUAUUAUUCUAGUUGAGAAUCAUAUUCUAGACUGCUAGCAAUGCACUCCUGUAGCCCAACAAUCCCUAUGAAGAAUAUUAUCAAGGGAGUCAAACCAAAUUCAAAAUUGUUCCUCUGUCUAGAGUACUUUCAUUUACGGGCAUUUCCCAAUUGUUGGAAAUCCAGGACAUGGUUAAAUUAGUUGGAAAGAUUCAAGGUAAAGUAUUUAUUCUCAAACUUAGAAAUCAAACUUGACUCUCAAAAUAUUCAAAUCACCAUGGUGGAUAUCUACGAAGCCUUGAAAGUGAUCUCCGUCUUUUCGGAAUAUGAUUACAAAGGAAAUAAAAUUAGUUUGACUUUAAAAUGAC